CUCAAUUAUUCAGUUAGUAUACUGAUUUUGUUUCUUUUGUAAAAGUAUAUCAGUGGGGCGGUGCACCAGCCGAAUGAACAUUAGCAACAAAACUCAGACCACUCAAAUUAAAUAAGUAGGGCUACUUAAUGCUUAUUCGAUUGAUUUUGGUGGAGAAGAAUGAAACGAUCCACACCAUUACAUCCUCCCCACUAAUCCACACCAAUCCUUCCUACGGGAUGAAUCUGCGCUUGAUUCAUCUCAAUUCUGAAAACGAGUAGUAGUUCGGUUUCUAUCAAGCUCCUCCCGACACGUGAAGGGGAAUCUGAAAGUGAAGCCUGUCAAUCGCCGUCUCCAUAGCAGCUGAAGCCGGAAGCGAUGAAGACGAUCGACACCUACGCACAAAUCAGAAAUUAGGGAUUAAAAAUUUAUUGAAAGGCUUAAUGUUGCUGAAUAUUACAAAAAUACUCGGCUGUACCAUGCACAAGGUACAACCGGCUGUACGGUAGUAUUUAAAUUUUAAUAAAUUUUCAUUUUUAAUAAUUUCAUUAUGUACAUUUUGGGUGUUUUUUAAUAAAAAAAAGUUGAUACGUGUAUCUGUCAGGAUACGGUAUCCGAAAUUUUAAAAUAAUUACCAAAAAAAGUUGAAAACUUUUGAUAAAUUUAAGAUACGGCCCGGGAACGUAUGGUACAGGUAUCCUUGAGUAUCUGAUACGGGAACGUUUCCGGUACGCUGAUACGUUACUCUAGUGAAAUAUCCGUGCUUCAUAGCUCACAUGUGAAUUCACAUUCAUAUAUGCAUUAUGGAAUUUAUAUGGGUAAAUAUGAUAAUUCAAAGACUUGAGGGGUUAAGUUGCAAUACUCCUUUAUUCCUUCCCAAGAAAGCAAACUGGCUGUCCAGAUUUUGCUCCUCGCUCUUAUAGGGCUCGUUUACUUCUGAUUUCCACCAAACUCUUGCCUGGAUCCAUUCUUAUUAUUUCUUUUGUGGAAUCGCUCACGUAAUCGUAAAAAUGGACUCGAGUCUGCUCAAUGGUUUGGACUCGCCUCACUCAAUGGGAACCACCAUUAUCGGCGUUACAUACAACGGUGGCGUCGUCCUCGGUGCCGAUUCCCGUACCAGCACAGGAUGUAUGUGGCGAAUAGGGCAUCUGACAAGAUCACUAAGUUAACUGACAACGUCUAUGUUUGCCGCUCUGGUUCGGCUGCAGAUUCACAAAUUGUUUCAGACUAUGUUCGCUACUUUCUCCAUCAACACACGAUACAACUUGAACAGCCUGCAACUGUCAAAGUUGCUGCAAACCUUGUUAGAUUACUAGCCUACAAUAACAAGAAUAUGCUACAAACUGGGCUUAUUGUUGGUGGGUGGGACAAACAUGAAGGUGGAAAAAUAUAUGGGAUACCUCUUGGAGGCACAGUAUUGGACCUGCCAUUUACCAUUGGAGGAUCUGGUUCUUCCUAUUUGUAUGGCUUCUUUGAUCAAGCUUGGAGAGAAGGAAUGACUAAGGAAGAGGCUGAGAACUUGGUCGUCAAAGCUGUGUCUCUUGCCAUUGCCCGGGAUGGUGCUAGUGGUGGUGUUGUUCGGACUGUGACUAUAAAUGCAGAAGGUGUUGAAAGGAAAUUUUACCCGGGUGACACACUUCCACUAUGGCACGAAGAAUUUGAGGCGCAUCAUUCACUGUUGGAUAUUUUGCCCGCAUCCAGUCCCGAGCCAAUGGUUAGUUGAAUCAGGGGGUAGGCGCCAUGUAAUAGACGCUUUCAAGAUGAAUUGAGUAGCACUUGAACUGCUGGUCUUUUGUAUUCGCCCUUUCCUGCGUGAUAUAAUGUUCAUUACAGUUCUAAUUUUAGUAGAAUGCAACACUUCUGUGUUUUUUUGAAAGCUGUGUUUUCUCUUUAUAAAUGAAGUUCGCUGUAAGAUUUCAAGACAAUUAAGAUAUUACGGAGUAUUAUAUUAUGAGCGUUUUUAGUUUUUUUUUCAUUACUUUGGAUGUUAACGUUGGGUUAAUUCUCUAUACUAUGA